UCAGAGUUACUUUGGUGGCAUUUUCUUACAGUAAGCAGCAUGUCAGCGUGAAUACGAAACAGAGAUAAACUCAGUGUGGUAAAUAAACUGCGCAUGUGUGUAUGAGACAGAGAAGGAGAGAAAGAAAUGUAUGUUCAAUCUAAUGUAGCUUCACCUAUAAACUAGUCCUGUUGGUUGUAAGCGCACUCAUAUGCAGGGGGGAAGGGUGGUCUUUUCUCUCUCUGUGAUCCUAAUUCUGAGAACUACAAAGAGCCCCUGACACAUACCUUUUACAAGAGCUGUUACGUGACUCUCAGCUGACCUCAAAGCACUUCAUGAUCUGAAUGAGUCCUCCGUGAAACGUUAAGCGUUUUCAUACUCAUAAUGAGAUUGCUAUCAUAUGCAGAGACUUUUAUGGUAUAUGAGUGAGAGAGAGAGAGACAGAAGGAGAGAGGAAGAGAGAGAUAGAGAGAGACAGAGAGGCACAGACAGAGAGAGCAAAUAUUGCAAAAGAGGUGAUUGUUUUGGAAUAAAACUUCAAAAAGACAUGUAGAUGUUAACGGAAAGAGUGAAGGAGGGCAGAAGGUAAAAGACAGAGUAAUUUGCUUGGGUGGUCUCAUUCUGGUAUUUGAAUGAGUCAUCUUGACAUUUUCUAACGUUAGUUUCUUAGACCUUCACAGUCAGAGUCUUCAAGGGGUCCGACUCAGUCACAUCUAUCACAUCUCCCGCUCCUUCUCUGUCUCACGAUGCUGAUUCAGUGGUGCUGUCUCCUACUCUUAACACCCUUCCUCUCUCUUGCCAAACCGCUGUUCUGUGAUGGUGACACAGAAUAUGAAUGGCCUAGGACUGAUCCCACAAUGUGCUGCAAGAAAUGCCCACCAGGAGAGUAUCUCACGUCGAGAUGUACGCAAGAACGGGAGACACAAUGUGAACCAUGUGGAGAUGACUACUACACGGACACAUACAAUUUCCAAUUGACAUGCUUCUUGUGCACAGACUGCACCAAAGAAAAUAUGAAGUACAACCAGACCUGCACUCCGACGAGAAAUGCAGUAUGUGACUGUAAAAGUGGAUAUAUAUGCAAUAGUGAACAGUGCGGCAUGUGUGUGGAAGACCCAGCAGCAAGAACACAAACAACAACAAUAACAACAACAACUAUAAAACCACCACUACCAACUAAAACAGGAAAAAUAAGACCUAUGACCACUGAUACCAAAACUAAGGUUACUUCAGCACCCUACAAAGCAGACACACACCUGCAGGUGGAUGGGCGAUGUCUUCAUCACCUGUUUGCUGUUUUUGGAACGUCAGCAAGAGCCCAGUGGAAUUCAGCCAGUGCACGGAGGAGGAGGAGGUGCCAAUGCCGGUCCAGGAGGUGUGCGGAGGAAAGACGGAGUGGCAGGAGGAAGUCUGAGAGAGAUGGAUUGGUGAGGAUAGAGGGAGGAGAGGGAGGCAGGAGAUUCCACAUGAGAGUGUGGGUGGAGUAUGAAAUGUAACAUGCACUCAUGAACAGAGUGAGAGACAUACACACAGUCUCUCUAUUGUGAUCUUCAGAGGGAAGGGACAAGCAGAAAGGCUGUGAUCCGUUCUUCAUUCAGGGAGUUUGACUGCACACACAUACAGGUACACACAUGCGUGUGUAUGAGUAAGACGUUUGAAUAAGAUUUUAUAAGAGUAAUGAAUAGAUGCUUUUUGUUGUUGUUUAUUUUCUGGGAGCUCAAAGUCUGUAUUUGAAAAGCUUCAUUCUAAAAUGCUGUAAUGUGUUUUUGAGAAAUUUAACGAGUGACGUAUAAUAGAAAACACAUUUUUAUUUCUCGAAUAAAGGCGGUAUUAGUCGUAAUAUAGCACUGAUAUUCUUAUAUGUGGAAAAAAAGGCCACUCUCAACAGCAUAUAUCAUGAAAAAAAUCCUGAAAGUGGUCCAUAAUGUUUUUAACAGAAUUCUUCAUUUUGAGAAUUCUUAAGUUUUGAUAUUCUUCGUUCUGGAGCUUAUAUGUUUUUUUUUAAUUCUUUUUAAAUUGGUUGUUGGGACCUGUAUUGUUUGUUGACCCACAUAAUGGGAAGUCAAAUGUAAGAGACAGGUUUUGUUCUCCUUUUUUUCAUUUUUACACAUAAAAGAAAUAUCAGUGCUUUAUUAUUAUUAACACCACGUUUAUUAGAGAUAUAAAAUUGUUUUACGUUAUACCACAACUGUUAAUUUUUUCAAAACCUUGAAACCUAAAUUCAAAAUAUAAAUGCAUAUACACCAUUUUGAAAUGAAACUCUUAAGUCUUAAUUGUCAAAUUUGACACCUUGUGGUCAUCUUUAAAAUUUAAUAAUUUUUAUUUUAUUAAAUUCUAGUUGGGAAAUUUUAUGAAAUUAGAUGGGAAGUAAUGAUGACUACUGCUAGAGAGAAAACUGGGUAAAAAACAAAGCUGCGUUCACACACAGUCCUUUGGCAAGCAUUCACUCUUAAAAAAGCUCUGCAGUUUUGCUGUUCUGGCUGAUCAGAGCCUUCAAAAUUCAGAAAUGUUUAACCUGUUUAAAACAUUCAGUGGUGUCAAAUGUUUUUUUAGCAGCCGACCACUCAGAAGGAGAAUAUGGGUGGGGGGUUUCCCAGGACAACAACAACAAAAAUAAAGAUGGAGUGAAACGACCCAAACCAGAUUGCAGAGUUGGAAGAUUAGUUUUGUUAGAGAUGAUUUCAUGCUAUGCAUGAAAAUAUAUGGAUAAAAUGAUGCUAUGCAUGAAAUCUAUAUGAAAUGUAAUUCUUUUUACAGUAUGUACAAUAUCCAUUGUGCAAUGCAGGUUCAAAGUGAUGUGAGGAUAUUGAAAGGUUUUGAACUGUUGGUAGUUGAUGGUCACUGAUCCCCAGCCCAGUGUUUGUGCCUAUUUCUUAAUUUCUGAUUAGCUCCAAACUCCCUACAUAGUACAUACAGAGGUUCUGAAGUAAUGGCUUAUAGUCAGCCUGUGCUCAGGGUGGUGCCAUCAUCAUCUAAACAGUCUGCUCUGUGUCAUUUUUAAAAGUUUAGUGUAUGUUUGCUGCAUUUUUAGUCAUGCUUCUUGAUUCCAACAGCUACUAGUGUUUCUGUAUUUCUCUAGUCUCGUAGUUACAGCUAUUCUAGUACAGGCUUUAGCCUGUCUGUUUGUCAGUUUUAUGAUUAAUGAGUUUCCUGUUUUAAUCCUGCCUAAACCCCAGUUUCAGAUACUGUCAGAAGGUUUUUGAAAUGCCCAAUGAAAAGAAAACUGUAAUUACAUUCAACUGCUUCAGGCUCCCCAGUGUGACAUGCUGUUAUAUGCUGAGAAUGAUUUCUUCAUAAAUAAUCGAAACUUUCAUAUAUAAUUUCAUAUCUAAAUCCUAGUUCUACUGUUUUUGUAUUCUGAACACCUGUAUUAAUUUCGCUUGUGUAACAUUACAAACAUUUUAUUUGCAUUGCUUCUUAUAAAACCACAUA